CAAAUAUUAAAAUGAUCACAGAAGUACUGGGAUAAAAGUUUAUAGUUCGGAUAUAAACACUGAUGUCUACGGUAGCGAUCAUAAGAGCAAUUCACCUUUUGUAAAAAAAAACUUGUUGCUUCAAACAACGAUUGUAUCGAUUACAUUGUUAUGCCAUUAGUUGGCGACAAGUGACUGUUUAUAACAUGAGCUUUGUCCCAAUUCGGAGGCUGCGUCCUCUGGAGAGGCAUUUAAAGUGUGAUUGCGUCACAUCGGCACGGCGAAGGCUGUCCCAAUUCAAAGGCUGCACCCUUCGAAGGCCAAUUGUGUCACCGCGGAGUGACAAAGGCUACCCCGAUUAUAAUGCGACUUCAAAUGCGCCCUUUGUUUCUCAGGCAAUGAAGGAUACAACUGAUGGACCCUUCGCUUGCAAAACGUGUUGUAAAAUUUUCUUUUGUUUUAGGGCUCCAGGUGCGGACACCUGAAUUUAUUAAAAUGAGGGCUGACCACGACCAUUUAUUUACCGGGGACAAAAACUCGGCCAGUGUGGCUUGGGGGGCAGUUCUGAGGAAAAUGGGCCUGCUGGGGAAGGCCACUCCCAAAAAGGCAGCAAGAAAAUGGAAGUACUUAAAAACACAAUACAAAAAUUGCAAGUGUAAGGGAGCGAGUGCUAAAACUUGGCCGUGGUUUGCCCACAUGGAUAAGGUGUUGGGACAGAGGCAUUCCACCAACCCCCAUUUCCAACUUGCCUCCUUCCCUGAGGACACACCAGGCUCAAGUUCAGCAGUGCAUGACGAAGAUGAGGAGGAGCCACGACCACCACCAGCCAAGAGAAAAAGAGGCCAUGUUGAUGAGCUGGUCGAGAUAUCAGAUGAGAGCACACAGUCCCUGACCCAAACCCAGGCCAACACCACACAGCCCGGAUCUCCUGACUCCCCUAAUGUGCCACCACUCUGCACAGCUAAAACUUCUCGCCGUACUCUUGCUUCAGAGAGAAGGGCUGAGGCAGAUCAGCCCUGUGUCCUGAAUGGCAUUAAUAGCAAGUCAGAUGAGGAAGAGCAUUUUCUUUUAAGUUUAGCUGGGGCAUUGAGACACCUUCCUCCAUGCAGUCGAUCCAAGGUUAAAAUCAAAUUUCAACAGAUUUUACAUGAGGCGGAAUUUAACAAUCAGUAAAACAGUAUCAUGCAUA